AAAGCACGAAUCUGUAAACAGGCAACAGGCAACAGAGAAUCCGCUAAAUCCUGGAGCCUCCCAUCCCCCUUUCUCUAAUCCAGCACUGCCUCACAGCACAACACAGACCUGCGGGUGUGCUUUUGAGACGCAACCACAUUUACAGCAAGUCAAGGAGUGAUGAUGAAGUAACUGGUAGCACCCACCGCCGCCACCAGCGAUACGAUCCCUCCUCUUUCUCCGGAGCAAGCUCGACAGCGAUGGGGGUGUGUAUCUGAAAUAGAUCCAGCGCGUGUGUGUGUGUGUUAUUUUUAAACAAUUCCUGCCUCGUGAGCACUCCCGCAGCAAGCAAGAGCGAGAGCAACGGACAUAUAUAUACUCACACAGGAAACGGCUGGGGGAAAUUACUAAAAACUGUGGAUAUUUAUAACUCAUCAACGUGUAUAUUUCGCUUCCUCCUGAUUUCAUUCGUCACGAAGGAUUUGGAGUACCAUCUGAUUUCUACCUAGCCGGCAGACAUGGCGUCCCUCCAGGGCAGUGUCCACCAUGUCUCUGUCCGUUCGGCCGACGCGCCGGAUCACCUCGUCCUCCAUCAAUAGGAGCCAGUCGUUCGCUGGAGUGAACUCAUCAGACAAGCACUACAGGAAUCGGGCCGUGUUCAGCACCCCAACCAGCUCCAGGAAGUUUCCCUCCAGGGCCAGCAGGAUGUUCACUCUCUCCCACAAGUCCCUGCCGCCCAAGGUGCCGCAGCCAGAGCGGCUGGACGAGGUCUACGAAGCGCUCAAGAGAGGCCUGCAAGCGUACCUGCAGGUCCAUCAGCUAGAGCUGGACAGCCUGACCCGACAGAUGAGAGAGUCCAAGAGGAACUCCAGACUGGGCUUCCUGUAUGAAUUGGACAAGCAAGUGAAAGCCAUUGAGAGGUUCAUGCGGCGGCUGGAGUUUCACCUGAGCAAGAUUGACGAGCUCUACGAGGCCUACUGCAUGCACCGGAGACUGAGGGACGGAGCCAAUAAGAUGGUGAAGGCUUACACCGCGGGCUCGCCCGGCAGCAGAGAGGCACGAGAGAGCCUGGCAGAGGCCAACAAGGGCUACAAGGAGUACACUGAGAAUAUGUGCAUGCUAGAGAGUGAGCUGGAGAACCAGCUGGGAGAGUUCCAGGUGAAGAUGAAAGGACUGGCUGGUUUUGCGAGGCUGUGUGCUGGUGACCAGUAUGAGAUCUUCAUGAAGUUCGGACGGCAGCGCUGGAAGCUGAGGGGCCGGAUCGAGAUCAACGGGAAGCAGGUGUGGGACAGCGAGGAGAUGGUCUUCCUGCCCCUCAUCACAGAGUUCCUCUCCAUCAAGGUAACAGAGUUGAAGAGCCUGGCCAAUCACGUGGUAGUGGGGAACGUGUGCUGUGAGACGAAGGACCUGUUUGCCGCCCUCCCCCAGACAGUAGCAGUGGAUAUCAACGACCUCGGAACAAUCAAACUCAGCCUGGAGGUGACGUGGAACCCGUUCGAUAAGGACGACCAGUCUUCAGCGGCCAGCACUGUCAAUAAGACCGCCACAGUGAACAAGAGGUUCUCCACCUACAACCAGAGUCCCCCGGACACACCUUCCCUGCGGGAGCAAGCUUUCUAUAACCAUCCCCAAGCCACUACAGAGCAGCACAGAUGGUCCUUAUUGGAUGUUUUCCGAGAAACAUUGGUUGAAAAGCUGUCUCGGAAUUGCUUGUGUGGCGAUGUCACAUCCGCCCGCCUUGGUUCUUGUGAUACCAAGCUCUAUAACAUGCUACGCCGGCAGGAGGAGAUGGAGAACCCUGCUGCCUGGUCCAACUCCUCGGAGUCCUCAGACGAUUCGUCCAGCCCACAGCUGCCCAUCAACCAGCGGCACGCCCAGAAGACUGUGGUCCAGCCCGAGAUCCAGGCUGCGGCCCCCAUCAUCGAGAUCGCCUUUGCCCCCAAGGAGGAACCUGCGAGCGCCGGCGAUCCAGCCAGCCAGGAGGAGGAGCCAUGCGAGGAGGACAGGGAGAAGAGCGAGGUGGUGGUGUCCAACGGCCAUGUGCGCUACUCGCGGUCUCUCAGCCACAUCAGCGAAGCCAGCGCGGACGCUGCCAUUGUAGAGAGUGUAGCUACGGAGACUGUUGCCACAGAAACUUUUCCCACGGACGCUGUUGCGGAGACUACUGUCUCUUUCGAUGCUAUAUCGGUGGAUGAUAUCAUCAUGGAGGUUCCUUCCACGCCUGAAAGGGUGGAGAAAACCCCAGACCUAAAAGAACAGGAAACCCAGCAAAGGGCCACAGACUCUCAAAGCACAGUGAGCAGCAAGCCCAAGGAGAGUGGGGAUGUGACUAGGAACUCACUUGUGGUGGUAGCCCAACUGCCGGAAACCACAACCCAGUCCACGGACCAGCUUUCUUCCCCAGCCCUCACAGAGGCGGGCGUUGUGACGGAGGGUUUGGCUGCGGCCCCCAGGACUGAACAGCGGCAGAGCCAGCAGGGGGCCUCUGAGGUUGAGAGGCCAGGCCAGGCUGAGGACACUUGGGAAGUGCCUAGUGAGAAAGCCAAGUCUGUGGACAGCGGCGUCGAGGAGGCCCUGAACACACUGAUUUCCACGCUGGAUGAUUACAGAGGCCAGUUCCCUGAGCUCCAGCUGCUGGAGCAGGAGACGAGACACCUGGAAGAGAUCCUCAUGCAGAGGCAGGGACUGUGUCGGAGCAGGGCCUCCAGUAUCAGCCUGACGGUGGAGCACGCGCUCGAGAGCUUCGACUUCCUCAACACCCAUGACCUGGAGGACAGCGUGUCGGGGAGCUCCGACGAGGAGAGGGAGAGGGAGGAGGAGGAGGAGGAGGAGGAGGGGGCGAGCAGAACAGACAGCUUGCAGCAGGGCAGCAGCGUGCCGGGGGAGGUGCUUUCGGAGGAGAUCGGGCUCCUCGGGGACUCUGACGUGUCUCCGGACCAUAUGAGCACAGGCAGCGAGCACCUGGACCGGGCCCUGGUGGUGCACCUGGACAACUGCAGCCACCUGCUGCUGCAACUGGGUACGUUCGGGCCGCUGCGGUGCCGGGAGAUGUAUGCUCUGGACAAGCUGCUGAGGGAAGCCCGAGUCCUGGGGCUGGUGUGCAAAGUGAGCGAGGAGAAGAGCGGGGUCGUGAACUCUGCUGAGGAGGUAUUGCCGUUCCUGGAAUCCAAGCACAAAGCCCUGGCGUUCUGGAGCCAGUGCACAGAGUCUCUGAACGUGUACACCACGACCGCAGAGAGGUUCCUGCAGAGCCUGCGCUCAGUCUUCAGUGCCAAACUCCACGACCAGCACGCCAGCAGAGCAGACACAGUGUUUGUGAAGCUAGCUGAGCGAGUGCUGGAGAAGAGGCUGCCUAAGCGAGGCCGCAGUGGGAGGCAGGAGCUGAUCACCCUCUUCCAGUACUGGAGCCACCUGGAGGAGGAGGGCGUGUCUGCGCUGGACACCUACAUCACUGAGCUGGCUGAGCAAGUGUCCCUGAUUCAGAGCCUGCAGUCUGGGGACCAGGACACUGUGCUCAAGACACUGAAGCGAGUGCCGGAGACCCAGCUGCAGAAGGAGGGUCUGCGAGCGCUCAGCCUCCUGCUGCUUGACAAGAGGAUCAAGGUCAGCAACGCUGCCUCCGCACUGCUGCGUAGCCUGGCAGACAGCCCCAGAUCCAGGGAGAGGGCUCUGGUGUCCUGCUUGGAACUACUUGAAGAUGAGAGUGUGGAGACCCGAGUAGCAGGCUGCAAGGCUCUCUCGUGUCUUAAGGCCAAAGAGAGCAUAGACCAACUAGUGUACCUGUGCCAGACGGACAAGGAUGAUGUGAGAGAGGCAGCAAAGCAGGCCCUGCUGUCCUUCGGUGACGAGGGGAAGCUCGCUCAACGCCAUGCGGAGGACUCUCAGGACGGCUUGCCCAUGCUCUUUGCCCCCGGCAGCAUGACCAGCACAGCAUUCUAGCGGAGCGAGCCUCACAGAGGAUCCCAUCCUUCCAUUUGAAAGGACGGAGCGGAGCAGAUUGGACGGGACUCGCUGCCUGACUGAAGGAGCAGGGGCAGCAGCACGAGUCAGACACAGAGAGAGAGAGAGAAAGCGAGCCAGUAUUACUGCCUUAUAUUGCAGUCCAGCUUCAUCUUCCAAAGCAAGGGGACAGGUUUUUUUUUUUUUUUUUUUUGUUUUUU